AUGGAGAAACCCUUCGUUCCAAGCCUGACCGGCCUAACAGAGGACUCGGAAUACAGCCGAUUGAACGAUGGCAAGCUGCGGCCCACCUUCCAGGAACAACUACGGAAGUUGAUGCCAAUUGUGGAAUGGCUGCCCGCCUACCAAUGCAGGGAGACGUUGCUGAAGGACUUGGGCUCGGCGAUGACUUUGGGCUGUGUGCUCUUUGCCCAGUCCUUGGCACACGCUGAUCUUUGUAAGGUGACGCUGAUCACAGGGCCUUACAGCUGCCUGGCACCACCGCUCUUUUACGCCCUCUUUGGGACCUGCGUGCAGGCGUCCAUCGGCACGGGGGGCUUGAUCUCCUUGCUCACGGGGGAGCAGCUCGCCGACUUCGGAGACCUUGAGGAACGGACCCACGCAGGUGCCAUUUUCACCUUGCUGGUCGGCGUGAUGAUCAGUGCCAUGGGCAUUUUCCGCUUGGCCUUCUUGGUCCGCUUCCUCUCCAAGCCAGCACUGAGUGGCUUCAUCUCUGCUUCGGCGAUCCUGAUCAUGCUUUCCCAAGUCAAACCUGCCAUCGGCCUACCGAAGUCGGACGUGGGAGGCAUCAUGAGCAUCGCCUUUUUGCAUCCCAAAGAGUUGGAUGACCUCAAUCCCGCCACGGUGCUUUUCAGCUUCAGUUGCUUGAUUUUCCUUCAACUUUUUAAGCGGCUGAAGGCGUCCCGCAGUCGUGUGGUGAAGCUCAUGUCGGAGUUUAAAGAAGUGAUUCUGCUCCUGGUUUCUUCGUUGGUGUCCUGGCAGUUCUCGGAGGAGUACCAGAUCGCCGUGAUCGGCCACGUGCCUGCCGGCAUGCCCACAGUGCAGUGGCCCUUGCGGACCAGUGAUGACUGGGUGCUUGCUCAGCAACUAUUGCCAGGUGCGGCGAUGGUGGCAUUGGUGACCUUUCUGUCCUCCUUCGCGGCCGCGCGGAAGUUCUCCUUAAAGGCAGGGUACCAAGUGGUGGCCACCAAUGAGCUUUUGGGCUUGGGUGCUGCAAACGUGGCAGGUGCCUUUUGUGGCGCUGUGCCCACGCAGGCGGGCCUCAGCCGGAUGGGAAUUGCAGCCUCCAUGGGCGUGAAGAACAUGCUAGGCGGGAAUGUGUUCACUGCUGGAAUGGUGGGACUCAUUCUGCUGCUCUUGAGCCCCUACCUGUUCUUCGUGCCCAGGUGUGCACUAAAUGUGAUCAUCAUUAUUGGAGCUUCCACUUUGACCGAGUUCUCCCACGUCUGGUGGCUUUGGUCCCUACGCUCCACGCGCACGCGCCAGCGCACCUACGUCACCGACUUCUUGGUUUGGUGGGUGGCCUUUCUUUUCACCCUGUUCUUGGGGGCCUUAAAAGGGAUUCUUGGCGCAGUGGUGGUCUCGUUGGUGUUGAUCGUCUACCAGGUGGCCGACCCACCCAUCACCACCCUGGGCUACUGCCAGUGCCGGCAUCGCUGGCUCAAUGUCAAGGAGCGCCGAGACACCGAGCAGCACCCGGGGGUCCUGGCCGUGCGCCCUGAAGGGCCCUUGUUCUACGCCAACACCGAACGCUUGGAGGAGUGGUUGGACGAGAUGGAGAUUUCCGCCAGUAUGGCGGGGUGCCCGGUGAAGGCCAUCAUCCUGUCCUUCGCGGCCGUUUCCUUCAUGGACACCUCGGCGCUGGAGGCCUUGUCCACCAUGAUCGAGGCCUAUGCCAAGCGAAACAUCGUCCUUUUGGUCGCACAUGCCUCUGGCCAGCCACGGCAGCUGUUGAUGCAUGCGCUAGGCGAUGGCUUUCCGGAGAACUCUUUGUCCACUCCCUGGACUGUCGAGGAGUGCGUCCAGCACUUGCUGCAACAACAGCUGCAGGCACAAGAGUUCCAUCGAGAGGUGAGUGGAGAUUCUCGAACAUCUGCGAUGGACAUGUCACCGAUGAUGGCCUCGUCGAACCCAAACCUCAAGGUUCGCCGCGUGCGUUCCUUACCCUCCAUGCCGUUGGAGAGCGACUCCGACGAAGGAGGUUUACCUUCUCCGCAGUCAAGCUGUUCAUGGCAGAUCAAGCCCCUGCAAUCCUCGGUGCAGUGGGCAACAGGUCGGCCUGGGCCUAGUGAGGAGGAGGUGAUCUGCAAGGCUGAGAAAGGGCGCGGUCUGCGUCUGCGCACCGCACAUCCAGUGACACUGCUGUCACUGCGAGUGGCACUGCUGUCACUGCGAAAUCGCAGUGCCAAAGGUGAUCAACGGAGGAGUGACGCAGAGUCGCUUCAGCUCAUGGUGGGUUCUGUGAGGAAAGGCGAGGCGGCGAUGCCACGCUCCGGUCAUGGCGUGGCCUCGGAGGAGGGGAUGGCAACGGGGCAUGGCAAGGGUGACCUUGAGCGACGGCUCAACGUGGGUCUUCAGACCUUGCCGAGUGGAUUCAGCGCCUUCCCGGUGGCCAGGCAGAGCUUGUUCCACCGUCGCUCGGUGGACGCGGAAAAAAACGCGUUUUCGGAGCGCGAGUGGCAGGCCUUGGGCGGCUCGAAAGGUGUUGGCCAAGGGGCGACUCUGAAACUGAAAGGAUCCAAGGGGAUCUUUGAUCAGAGGCGGUCGUUCGAGUCUCGCGUCGCGGUCGGAGCACGUCGAGUCGAGGCGGUGACGGCCCCGGUGACGGCGCGGGCUGGACCUCACCAGCAGAUCGACCGCUUUCACGGAGAUCACGAGCUGUCUCGGAAGGCACCACCGCUCUCGGCCCGGCCGGGCAAGGUGGUGUUCGUGGGCUUCGCAGAGUUCGACAUGGACGGCCGCGCCUUCACCGGCGGGGAGAUGGAUCGGAUGAUGAUGAUUUCAGCAUCUCAGAAGUAUCCCUGCUCUCGGCCAGCCACCUUCGACGAGUACGCAGAGCGCUGUAUCUUGGGUCUUCCCGAGCGCAACAACUGCGGGCGCGAUGUGGUCUUCGUGGGCCCUGGAGCCACCGGCUGUGAGCUGUUCCACACCAACACCUUAGGAAUCCAGAAAGCGGUGGUGUCCCCGCACGACAUGUUCGAUGGCACCUGGGGGAAUGCCUCCCUCUAUGGCCGGAAAUGCAUCCUCUGCGUCUACCCCGUGCAGCGCCUGAAAAAGCAACAAAGCCUCACACAGUUCGGUCUGGCCCGGCAGACGAUCGGCAAGCCGGGAGACCCGAGGAUCAACAAUCAUGCGGGCAUGCGGGGAAGCUCGUGGUGGCUCAAACUGAGGAUGUCAACUUAA